AUGAGACGGGCCCAGAUCGGAGCACGAGCCGGAGGUGCUGGUCGACCUCUGGGCGGUCUCAACGAAGAAGACGAAGAGGAGGAGGAAGAGGAAGAUGAUGCCGAUAGCAUGGACAUCGAUAAGGAUACCAACAGCAAAACUCAGGCUCUAGAGCAGAGGAUGCAAAGGGCCAAUAUCCAAGACCACGAUAAUACUCAUACUCGUGGCCGUGAGCGAGAGCGAGCCACUAAUGAGAAGGGCUACGGGCAGCAUUCGGCGGCCGUGACCGCUGCUGCACGACAGCAAGUGCGUGAGCGACAGCGACAAAAGGGCGCAUUUGAGCUCAAUUUGGACAACGCAACGCUGCUGGGCAAGCGAGGCAAGAAGAUUCCCGUCAUGGGAGCGUAG